AUGAAUGCUGCCGACGCCUGGAAUAAUACCUGGCUAGGAGUGGAUUCUCCCAGCUUGGAUAAGAACGUUUGGAAGUCGCCCAGUAUCAAAUCACCAAUUGAUCUUGGGCCCCAAAACAAUUCCCGGGAGAACAUUGAACAACCAAUUGACGAUCCAUCGACAUUUUUACCAUUCAAUAAUAAUAAUAAUGAAGGUGAUGAUAAUAAUAUUAUUAUUAAUAAUAAUGAUGAUAGUUUGGGAAGUCAGGCAGAUGAUGCGGAUUUGAAUAACGUAUGGGCGGAUGUUGCAGAUACUCAACCGCCAAAAACCGAAGAUCACAAAUAUCCACAAGGGUUGGGGAUUGCUGAGCAGAAAGAGAACGAGAAAACUGCACAAGAAAAAGAUUGUGCCAUCCAAGAAGUAGUAGAAGAAGAGGAACAACAAGUGGAAGAAGAAGGAGAUGAUGAUGAUGAUGAUGAUGAUGAUGAUGAUGAUGAUGCUGAAGAAGAGGAAAAAAAAAAAGAAGAGGAAGAUAUCAAACAAGAAAAAAGAAAAGAAGAAGAAGAAAGAAAGCAAGCAGACGACGAUGAUGAUUUUGGUGAUUUUGAAGACACUCCAACCAUGGUUUCAGAAACUAAGCCUCCAUUAAUCGACAGUAUAUUUCAAACUAGUCCCCAACUUCUCAUUGACUCAAUGUAUAGUAAUGAUAACUCUGGAAAUAUUCCCAAACCGAUUAGUAUUGCAAAAAAACAUGAAUCACAAUUACCAACCUCGAUUUUGAAUACUGGAGAAAAGACUCGAAAAUGGUACAACACGUUAUCUCGUCCCACUAGACAAUUCAUUCCCCAACAAAAUAAUCCGGGAACGUUAAGAUGGAUCAAUAGUGAAACCCAAAGGAAACUCAACGGGGUGAUUUCUCAAUGGGAUCAAUCUGAAAAUAACCGAUCCUCCAAUUCCACUAUCGAUUCCGACUAUUCUUUUUCAAGAACAACACCGAAAAAAAAUAAUAAUCAUAAUAAUACUGAAGAAUCAAAUAGUAAUGGUAAAGAUGCUUAUGCGGCGAUGUUUGGCUGGACCACUAACACCGCUACCAUCACCAAGGGAAAUCAAUCGACGUUACAUAAUGAGAACCUCAAUUUUUCAGGCACUCCUACCACCCCAACGAGAAUGGAAACCGUCAGGGAAAAACUUCUCAGACGAGCCUCUGUUGUUGCGGAUCGAUUAGUACAAGAGAGAUUAGCUCAUGAACUUGAAGAACAAGAACGUGAAAACCAGCGCCAGCGAGAAAUUGAUAAAGUGAACCAACGAAAGGCAGAGGAGCUCAAGAAAUUAAAAUUGGAAGAACAAGAGAUCAUCAAUAACGACCCGGUGAUGAAUGAUAAUAGAGAAAAUAUUCGCGAAGAAGGUGCAACAGUACGUGCUAGUAAGAUUUUCUCACCUUUGAAUUCGUUUUUCGGGUUUCAAAGGAAUAAUCCGCAAAAUAAUAACAAACUAUCAUCGAAGAUGGCGAAAAAUAUCAAGAAAUCCAACAUUUCUAGUAAAAAUUUCUUCAAAAAUGGAGCAACAACGGAAGAUGGACCUAGAGAUCCUACCCAGCAGGAAGAUGGUAAGAAAGAAGAAGAAGAAGAGGAAGAAAAAGAUGAUGGAUUUGGUGAUUUUGUAUUCCAAGCUACCGAUGGUAUUAAUGAGGAUGUCGAGUCAAGUGAAGAUGAGAUGGGAGGAUUUGAGACGGCAAAGUAUGGAAAUAUUGGUGAUCUAGUUGAUAUUGCGAUUGCUGAUGAUGAGCCUCCAAUUGUGACACUGAAAAAUAAUGCAAAUGAUCACAGGCUGAGGUCAGAGAUGCCAAAUGAUGAGGUAUCGAACAAAAAAGAGUUGGUAAACGAUAACCACGGGAAAGUUAUAAUUACAAAUUCAGUUGCCAAUAAAGAUCCAAAUAUUAAUGCUGCUGGACUGUCGUUGCCCCAAGGUGUUUUGAAACCAAUCACCAAACCAUUGACGAUAAUAACUGCAAAAAAUAUGGAAUCAAAACAUUCUGAAAUCGCAUCCAAAAGAGAAAUUGAAAACCCCAUUACAUCCAACGAUGAUAAUGAUGAUGAUAACUUUGGUGAUUUCAACCUUGCUUCACCUAUCCAUGGGCCAAUCAAUUUUAAUAAUGCAAAUCCCCAAAACAACUCCACUACAUUAGUUACGGGUUCAAGUAGCGGCUCUUUGGCUUCAAAAUCUAAUAAUGUCCAGUCUUUUCCAUCAAAUUUUAAUGCCCCUUCUUUGGCUUCAAAAUCUAAUAAUGUCCAGUCUUUGCUAUCAAAAUCUAAUCUUGACAAUGGGUUGCCAAAAACUCCUACAGGAUUAAGUAUGGGAAUGAAGCCAUUGGUGCCAUCGCGAACCCCGUCACAAACCAACUCCCGAAGGAAUAGUAUCACUAGCCAUCAUAGUCGUACGGUUUCGUUGACUAAAGCGGGGAUAUUAUCAUUGGAGAAAAACAACACCGGUGGGAAGAUGUCGUUGAAUAAAGGAGGAAUUU